AUGGUCCAUACGAAGGCCCAGUCUCCCCUCAAAGACAACAACUCUACAGGGCUGGACCUUAACUCAAUAAACACCGAAAACGUUGACAUUGUUAGACAACUUCUGAACCAAGAAACUAUCAUUAGGAUGACCUUAGUGAAAAAUGUCCAUACUUUAAUGAAAGACAUGCUGAGCUUACAGGAAAAACUCGCUGAGGCUGAAGUUGAAAUCUCCUCCCUGAAGAAAUCGACUGAUAGCGAACUUACCGAUUUGAAAAACGAAGUGAUGCUGCUGAAACUCGAAAAUGUGAAUGUGAACAGCUCGAUGGACAAUUUAAAGUCUGCCCUGAGGUUGUCAGAGACGGAGCAGUUAAAGUUGUCUGCCGCUGUAUCGUCCUUGGAACUGUUGAGAGUGAACUUAACCAACCAUGAUCAUGAUAAAGCUACGAAAUUCGCAUUUACUGCGGGUGUUACCUCAAGCAACAAAACUUGGAGAAGUGGAGUUAUGGUUUUCGAUAAAGUCAUCUUUAGCAUUCGAAGCGGAUAUAACCCAAGUACGGGAGUUUUUACGGCCCCGAUAGAAGGAAACUAUGUCUUUUAUGUCAGUGCUGUGGAGUUUUCUAACCGUUAUCUCGGAGUCUUUAUCGAUAAAAAUGGAAAACAUCAGGUACAAUUAAUUGGCGAUUCUAGUGCUCAAUUCCAGACGGGGACAAACAUGGUGAUAUUAAGUCUAAACCGGGGAUAUGCAGUGUGGGUCAAUUACAAAAGUGGUAGCGGUUAUUAUAGUGAAUUCGAAUCAAUUCCUGUUACAACCUUUUCUGGAUUCCUCAUUUAA